GAUACAGAUAAGGCUCUUCUAUCAGAAUACUGGACUGUAUCUCAGGGUUGCCUCGACCUGCCUUUGCACAAGAUAAAAUAUACUAUUCCCUACCGUUAUCCACGUUCGCUGAGGACUGGCUCUCAUGUAACUCUCCACUUGCCUUGAUCUCCUUAACUUACUAUAACGAGCUGAACGUUCAACGACCGGUAAUGGCGGACCCAAAAAAGUGUGAACUAACAGUUACUCUGGACCAAGAAGCCUCUAGAACUGAAGGAGGUGUUAUUGAAACCCGCAUCUGGGAAGAUGAGGGAUGGAAACGGGGGCUCUCGUCUCGUGCGGUCGUCAUGUUGUCCCUUGGGGGUGGUAUCGGCCUUGGUCUCUGGAUUGGAACUGGUACUGCUUUGGAAAGUGCUGGUCCUGCUGGCUGUAUUAUCGCCUACGGCUUGGUUGUGAUCGCCAUCUAUAUAGAAUUUUUGUCGAUCGGAGAGAUGACAUGCUAUAAGCCCAUACAUGGUGGUUAUAUUCGCCAAUGUAUGGAAUAUGUCGACAAAGCUGCCGCAUUCGCCAUGGGAAUGAACCUUUGGUUUGGCUGGGUUAUGACAAUCCCAUCCGAAAUUAUCGCCUGCAUUAAUGUUCUUCAGUAUUGGAAGAGCACGACACAUUUUCCCAUGGUUGGUUAUAUCUCUAUUUUUGUGGCAGUGUCAGCUAUUCCCAAUCUCUUUGCUGUCCGCAAAUAUGGCUACGUUGAGAUCUUCAUGACUUCUAUAAAGAUAUUUUCCAUCAUAUCCACCAUGAUUUUCUUAUUCUUGAUGGCAUCAGGGGCGUUACCGGCAACUCAUGGGGCACUCGUAUUCCAUUACUGGAAGACUCCUGGUGGCUUCAACAACGGCUUCAAAGGGAUUUGCAAGGCGAUGCUCCAAGCGGCAUUUAGCUGUCCUUCGGCUGGCUGGGUAGCCGUGACUGCUGGUGAGAUGAAGGACCCCCGGAGAACUGUAAAGCGGUCGGUCAACCCUCUAUUCUGGCGCAUGUUCAUGUUCUAUUGGGUGAACAUUUGGUUGGUUGGAAUGUGUGUCCCCUACAACAGCCCGAAUCUGGCCAACAAAGGCACACUUGCAAGCCCGUUCAUCAUCGCCAUUCGAGAAGGGGGAGCUCCAGCUUUUGCCGACCUCAUAAAUGCAAUGAUUUUAAUUACAGUUCUUUCGGCAUCUAUCACAUCUUUCUACGUGGCUAGCCGCUGCUUGACCCAUAUGUCUGAUCUAAGUAUAAUUCAUCAUGCAUUUGGAGCCAAAGAUGCUGCAGGUCGGCCUUGGGUGUCCCUUCUUUGCAGUGGCAUUUUGGGAGGUGGCUUGACCUAUCUGAAUCUCGACAGCACAUCGAAGCAGGUGUACACUUGGUUCUCAAGUCUGGUAGGCGUUGCCACCUUUUGCAACUGGUUGCUCAUCUAUGUGUCUCAUAUCCGGUUCCGUGAAGGCCUCAAAGCCCAGAAUAUUGAUCACAAAAGCCUUCCAUUCCGAUGCCGAGGAGCGCCAUAUGUACAAUACUUCGGAGUUCUCCUCAUCAUAUGCUUCUUGGGAGCGCAGCUAUACUUCGCUAUCUUCCCAUUUACUGGCCAUCCCAGUGCAAAGAAUUUUUUCUCGGCGUACAUUACUGUGCCACUAUUCAUUUUGGAUUACUUCUUGUACAAGUUUUGGUUCAAAACCAAGAUUGUAGCACCGAAAGAGAUGGACUUUAGCCCAGCAGUGUACUUCGAUGCUAUUGACAGGGACGAGCAAGAAGAAGAGCGUGAGAAUCCAAGCCCUAAGCCGACCAUUGUUGAACGUAUUUGGGCACUUCGGACGAUCAUAGUAUAG